CCGCCGCCACGGCCCUGGCCCUGGCCCUGCCCGGCCGCUCCAUCCACCGCCACCCCGCUCCACUUUCCCCUAGGGCCCCCCCCGAGCGUGCACACACCGUCUCCCCCCUGGCACACGCACACUCGGGAGGGCGAGGAGCCGGAGAGGUCGCCGUCGCGUGACGGUCGCUUCGGGGAAACUCCGUCUUCCUCUGCCCGGGAUUCCCAUUCGCCUUCCUGCGUCUGUCUCCUCUCCCCUUGAUAUUUCUUUUCCGCUGCUGACGAAAACCGUGGAGCCCGUUCUGUAACCGUACAACCCAGUUAGACGGAGGAGUUUCGGCGACUAGGGCGAACUCGCUAAAGACGCGGAGCGGUCCGAGAGUUAGGAGCCUCGCGCGGUUAGGUGGGAGGCUUUCGACUCGAGGAUCGCGGGAGGCUGUGAAUGGCCGGGGCGGGGGCGUGGGUGGGCGUCGGCUGCCUCGUUUUCUGGGCCAUCUCCGCACUCCGACGGUUCUUGCACCUCCGAGAGCAGUGAAUUCGAGCGGCCCCUCGACUCGGAAGGCGAGCGAGAGUGACCGGGAUGUCCACUUCUCCCCGUCGAAGGUUGACCGGGCCGGGGUUUAAUCUGGAGGACUCUGAAACCUCGUCGCCUCUCGGAGCGAGCGCUCUCUGGGGCGGUGGAUCGGAAGUCCCAGAUGAAAGGAGAAAAGAAAUACGGCCGGGUCUCACCCAAGUUAAGGAGAACUGAGAGCGUCGGGCCGAACCGUUCCUUGGGUCGCCGCGUCGUGCCGCCGCCUCCGGACGGCCGCGUGUCGGUGCGGGAGCGUCGACCUGAUUCGGCCGCCACCCGUUGCGCCACAGGCUGCCGAAUCGGAAGAACGCGCGGGCUUCCGUCCGUGUGUAUUUGCCGUCCCGGCCGCUCCUCGGAACCUUUGGAGGGUUAACUGUGGAAGGGGUGUGUGAAAACCCGGGGGUUUAGUGUGUCUGUUCUUAAGCCGGCAUUUUAACGAGUCAGAACUGCAGAAAGAUUUCCCCUCCUAGGUCAAGUGGCCUAAAGGUGGUGAGACCCCAGAGCCUUCCGACUGAUGAAUCGGCGAUGGCCAGUUGGGCCCAACUCGAUCCGCCGCCGGGCUCGCUCUGCCCCUGGAGCCCAAAAAAACACCCAAAAAACAAAACCCGACGGUUCCUCGUGUUGUGAAGAUCACAGUGAUGAAAGGCAGCGCCCGAAAUAAGGAACAUUCAUCAGAAGGCGAAGGAGCUGGGAAAAGACCAAAGAGAAAGUGUCUCCAGUGGCAUCCGUUGCUGGCAAAGAAACUUCCAGACUUUUCCGAAGAGGAAGAAGAAGAAGAGGAAGAAGAAGAGAUCGAUAAAGUCCAACUCCUCGGUCCCGAUGGUCCAGAGCAGGAUGUGGACGAGACGGAAGAUGACGAGUCUUCGGAGCAGCGAGCUCGUCGACCAAUGAACGCCUUCCUCCUAUUCUGCAAACGCCACCGUUCCCUCGUGCGCCAGGAGCACCCCCGUCUGGAUAACCGCGGCGCCACCAAGAUCCUGGCUGACUGGUGGGCCGUCCUAGACCCCAAAGAAAAGCAGAAAUACACAGACAUGGCCAAGGAGUACAAGGAUGCAUUCAUGAAAGCAAAUCCUGGCUACAAAUGGUGUCCAACCACAAACAAGCCUGUGAAAUCCUCACCACCCGCUGUUACGACCCGAAAAAAGCUGUGGACCUGCCCGCCCGACUCCGUGAAGGAUCUCUCCGCUCCCAAGAAAGCAAAGGCCGAAGACAUGCCUCAGCUCAAUUUUGGGAUGGCGGAUCCCACCCAGAUGGGAGGUCUUAGUAUGCUACUCUUAGCCGGGGAGCACGCCCUGACUGCACACGAGGUUUCCUCAGGCACCUGCCGAUCCGAAGCUUCCGACCCCGUGGGAUCGUGCCGGAAGUCGCCGCUGUUUCAGUUUGCCGAGAUAUCGUCAAGCGCAUCCCAUCCCAGUGUCCCCGAGAACGUCAAGGCGCGGGAGGACUCCACCCUGUUCCAGUUUGCAGAGAUCUCCUCAAACACUUCGCAGCUGAGUGGUCCUGAGAAUGCAAAGCGCUGUGGAAAGUCUGCUCUCUUCCAGCUAGCGGAGAUUUCCACCAGUUUAUCACACUCAGGCCCUUCCGAUUUAUCAAAUCUGUACGGAGCAUCAGCUUUGUUACAGCUGGCGGAGAUGUGCCUGGCGUCAGAGCGGGUGAAGAUGGAAGAGUCGAGGGAGACGUCAAUAAAAGAACCUCGGGACGGCAGGAUGGGAGCCGGCGAGGCCGAAAGGGCCCCGAAGGAAAUCCAGGUGGCGAGACCGGAGGAGGCCGUAGCUCAAGAGCGGGCUGGAUUCGAGAACCGGGGCGACGAUAGGAUGCGAGGCGCCGGAGACGAGAGGAGUGUCGAGGAGGGAGGCCCGGAUAAAGAGCGGAAGACAAAGCUCGGGGAUCACGAGGUUGCCAAGAAGGAAGGAGCGGAGGGGGAUCUGAAAUGUGGCCUCUCGCUCUCGGUCACGAGCCGAUCCGUCGGAGACCAGAGUCCCGCCAGACAGGAUCACCUCUGCCAUUCCCGUCCGCCUUCGGCCCAAGGAGACGCCGAAGGGCAGGGCAGACCGGAGAAACUGAAAAAGAAGAAGAAAAAGAGCAAGGCGGACCGGCACGGGAACGAGAAAUCCACCCCCAAGAAGGCCGGUAAGAAGAGGCAGUCGUCGGAGUCCGACAUCGAGAGCGUCAUCUAUACGAUCGAAGCCGUCGCGAAAGGUGACUGGGGUGUGGAGAAGCUCGCGGGGGUCCCCCGGAAAAAAUUCCGCUCCCCCUCCGGCGGGAAGGGUGGAGGAGCGCAGGACCCCAAGCCACCAAAGAAGAAAGUGAAGUCGAAAGAGAAGAAGCUGUCCAAGGAGAGAUCCUCCGAGACCACCAAAGAGCUGAACCUUCCCGAUCUCGUUAGUAUUACUGCCAACAAGGAGGUGCCUUGCCCCGUGCUGGAGAGGGUGAAGCCGGAAGCGGCGCCCCCGGGGGAGGAGGUCCCUCCCCAGAGCCUGUCCGCCUCUCAGGCCAAGACAGAGGACAGUGACUGUAACCGCAAAAUCGAAACGGGCGGCUCCCGGAAAUCGGAGCGGACCUGCAAAGGGGCUCUGUACAAAACACUGGUGUCGGAGGGCAUGCUCACAUCCCUGCGGGCCAACGUCGACCGAGGUAAACGAAGCUCAGGAAAAGGUAACUCUUCGGACCACGAAGGCUGCUGGAAUGAAGAAAACUGGGCCUUCGCCCAGGGUGCGACCGGCGGAAGCAAGAAGCUGAAGAGGCCAAAGCCAAAGGAAGAAUUUGCCGUUGGCUUAGCCAAGCUGGAAGAGGAAUUUGAAAAAAAAUUCAACAGCCUCCCUCAGUACAGCCCCAUCACAUUUGACCGGAAAAGCGCUUCUGUUCCCAGAAAAAAGAAGAAGAUCGGAAAUGUAUCAGCGGAACAGCUGAAACCCAGCAAAGGUUCAAUCCAGUCUCAGAAAAAGCACCUAUUCCACAAAAUUGUCAGCAAAUAUAAGCACAAAAAGGAGAAGGCUAAUGUUCCAGAAAAAGCCAUAUUUCCCGAAGACAGAGCCCCGACGGAGCCUGCCCGCAAGAGUAAGAACGCUGCAGCGAUCCCGGACGGCGCGGAGCCGGCGGCCGCACACGAGCCCCUGGUCGGCAGCCAGAAGCGGAAAGCGAGGAAAACGAAGAUCACCCACCUCGUCAGGACGGCCGACGGACAGGUGUCCCCGGCCGGGGAGUCUCUAGAUGACAGAGCCAAGGAGCAACUGCAGAGCGAGCUUCCCAAGACGGCGGGCGCCGAGCCGGACGCCGGCGACGAGUUCCCCGGAGGCACCGAGGCGGAGGAGGCGCAUCACGUCGCAGACAUGCCGGCUGUGUCUGCCUUCUUCAGUCUCGCCGCCCUGGCUGAGGUGGCAGCCAUGGAGAAUGUGCACAGAAGCCAGAGGGGGUCUCCGUUGGCCCGCGACGGACAGCCGAAAGAAAGACCCCAGGCUCCCGUACUCAUCUCCUGCGCCGAUCAGUGAAUGCCCCACUUUAUUGUAAAACAGUGUGCUUUCCCGAUUAUC